AUGCAUCUAGUUAUCAGGAAAGGCGUGUACCCCUACGAAUAUACCAACAGCUGGCAACGAUUGAGUGAGACGAGACUGCCUGAGAAAAAACAUUUUUACAGUACAUUACUUGAAGAACACAUUGAGCACGAAGAGUAUGAACACGCAACGCAGGUAUGGACUCACUUUAAUUGUCAGACUCUAGGCGAUUAUAGUGAUCUAUACCUGAAGAUAGACGUAUUGUUACUGGCUGACGUGUUUGAAAAUUUUCGCGAUCUCUGUAUUUCAACGUAUAACCUCGAUCCUUCAAAUUAUCAAACAUCACCAGCGUUAACAUUUGAUAGCAUGUUGAAAUACACGAGGAUAGAGUUGGAGCUCGUCAGUGAUUACGAUAAAUUACUCAUGCUUGAGACGGGCAUAAGAGGUGGUCUAGUCCAAGCUUCUCGACGAUUUGCUCGAUCCAACAACGAAAAGACUCCGGGGUUUGAUUGUAAUCAACCAAAAUCGUAUCUCGUUUAUCAAGAUU